UCAGCAUCCUGACGGCCUGAUGGAAGAAGCUGUCUCUCAGUCUGCUGGUUUUGGCCCCGAGGUUCUUCAGUCUCCUUCCUGAUGGCAGCAAACUGAAGAAGCUGUUGGACGGAUGGGUGGAGUCACCUGUGACGCAGAGAGCUUUUUGGGUGAGGCGGGUGCAGUAGAUGUCCUGGAGAGAGGGAAGAGAAGCACCCACGAUCCUCUCUCUGCUCUCACUGCUCGCUGUAGCUGUUUCCUGCAGGCCCAGUGCAGCAGCCGUACCACACGGUGAUGCAGCUGGUGAGGAUGCCUCUGUAGAAGGUGCUCAUCGUGGGGGUCGAGGCUCUCGCUUUCCUCAGUUUGAGCAGGAAGUAGAGUCACUGUUGGGCUUUACUGACCAUGAUGCUGUGUUCUUUGACCAGGAGAGAACUUCUGAGAUGUGCACACCCAGGAACUUGGUGCUGCUUACUCUCUCCACAGCAGCACCACUGAUGGUCAGUGGGGUGUGCAGGGUGUGAGUUCUCCUGGUCUAUGAUGAUCUCCUUGGUCUUCUCCACGUUCAGGGACUCAGCCAGAUGUUUAACUUCACUCCUGUCGUAGGUCUCAUGGUUGUUGCUGAUGUGACCUACCACAGUUGUGUAGUCUGCAAACUUGAGGAAGCAGUUGUGUGAUGGUGUGCAGUCGUGGGUCAGCAGAGUGAAGAGCACAUCCUCGGGGAGCCCCCGUGUCCUGCUGCUGGAGGUGCCGACCGACUGUCAUCACUAACCGUUUCUUCUUCCUGCCCAUGGCAGAGAUUGGUGGCUUGUGGAACUGAUUCCAGAGCAGCUCUGUGCUGGAUAAUCUCCUCUAAUCUGUUAAUCCUCCGUCUAGUUUAGCUCCCUCUCAGUCUGUUCUGACCUGCAGGGAUGAAAGCUGCACAUUCUGGGGGCUUCCUGGUGCUGCCGUGGCCCGGUGGCGGCGGCAGCUCAGACCCGGCCCAGGGAGAGGAAAGUCAGGGCUGCCUGAUGCUGAGAUCUGGAGCUCUGCUGGGAGUCACGCUGAUCUGCGUGGCGGUGUUGAGGAAGUGGAUCGCAGGUGGAGUUUGUCGCUGUUCGGUUCGUCUGGAUGGGAAAACAGUAGUGAUCACUGGAGCAAACGCUGGCAUCGGCAAAGAGACGAGCAGAGAUCUGGCACGCCGAGGAGCCCGGGUAGUUAUGGCGUGCAGGGACCUGACCCGGGCAGAACGGGCGGCUGAGGAAAUCCGCCGGUCGACAGGAAACGGUAACGUGGUGAUCAGACACCUGGACCUCGCUUCCACGUACUCCAUUAGACAGUUUGCUAAAGACUUCCUGGACAGCGAAGAAAGGCUGGACAUCCUCAUCAACAAUGCAGGAGUGAUGAUGUGUCCAAAACAGCUGACCGAGGACAACUUUGAGACACAGCUGGCGGUCAACCAUCUGGGUCACUUCCUGCUCACCAAUCUGCUGCUGCCGAAGCUGAAGAGCUCCUCCCCCAGCCGUGUGGUCAACGUGUCUUCCGUUGCCCACCGUGGAGGUCGUAUUGACUUUGACGAUCUGUUCUUCAGCCGGAGGCCAUACGGCGCUCUGGAGAGCUACAGACAGAGCAAACUGGCUAACAUCCUGUUCUCCAGAGAGCUGGCCCGACGUCUCUCAGGCUCUGGUGUGUCGUCGUUCUCUCUUCACCCAGGCGUGAUCCGGACCGAGCUGGGUCGCCAUGUGGAGGGUUGGUUCCCCCUGGUCGGGCUGCUGCUGAAGCUCCCAUCCCUGCUGCUCAUGAAGACUCCGUGGGAGGGCUGCCAGACCAGCCUGUACUGCGCUGUGACGCCGGGCCUGGAGGAGCUGUCUGGAUGCUACUUCAGCGACUGUGCAGAGAAAGAAACUGCUCCAGAGGGACAGGACGAUGUGGUGGCAAGAAAACUGUGGGAGGUGAGCACACGUCUGGUCGGACUGAAGAACACCUGCUGACCUUUAACCUCUGACACACGAAGCAAUGGAGCUGCAGACUGCGGACAAAUGAGGACAGAAACAAACAGAUUUACCUCUUGUAGAGACAAAUGAAGCUCUGUGUUGUUCCCCCGUUUGAGUCCCAGAUGUUCCAGCUGCUGAUAUUUGUCCUGUCCUCCAGAACCUGGACUCUCAUGUGCAACAUAAACUUCCAUGUCCCCCGACUGUCCCCUCGCUGUCCCCUCACUGCUCCCUAAAUAUUUCCUGACUUUUCCUUCGUUUUUUCUCCAUUGUAUGUUUAUUAUUCCAUCACGUAUCUUCAUGCUUUCCUCUUUUGAUGCUUUCGCUGACUUCCUGUGUCCUCCUCUUUACUGGUUGGUGAUGUGUGGAGUUCAGCUGUGUGGACGUGAAGCUUUGGGUAUUAUUAAAGACAGUUUGACUGUUUCUAUACUCUGUGUGUGUUUGAUAGAUUCAGUAAUAAUAAAUCCAGAAUGCUCUGUGGGUGGAGCUUGGCGAGCACCUUUCUUUCCAAUAAAUGAGGCCUCAUUUCUUA